GUGAUAUUAUGUUUGGUGUAAAAUAAAUCUAAGAAAUCUCCGGAAAAAUCGUGCAUUUAGUUCAAAAUGCUCGUCUUGGGAAUUAUCAUAUUGCUAUCAUGCUUUGAUAACUCGUUGUCUGAUGUUCUGGAUUUCAGAGACUGCGGUGAUGCUGAUUACAUGCCAGUUGAAUCGCUAAUCUUCAACGAUUGCGAAAUAGCGCCGUGUAUGAUAGAUUUAAACCAAAAAUCGCACACGAGCCUCAAAUUGGAAGUUUCAAAAACGGUGCCGCAAUUUUCGAGUAUGGUCGCAACGGCUGAAAUAAUACAAGCUGGUUUUUCCUGGAAGCUGAAAAUAUCUCCGAGCAAUCCUUGCGACCGGUGGAAAUGUCCUUUGCAGCCGAAGAAACACCACCACGAAUUUUUUAACACCACCAUCGACUUCAGCCCCAUCAAGUGGAAAAAUCCUGGCAGGGUAAGGAUAGAAGGCAAGGUGAAUAAUAUAGAAAGUCCGAUAUUUUGCAUGGAAGUAACAGUAAGAUUUUUCUGACGAACGAAAAUAAAACAACGCGAAUCAUCUAAAUGCAACUUUUAUUCAUCCACUUGUAACUGAUAAUAUAUUAAAACAUAAACGGUC